CUUGCAUCUAUCUCCAUUCCUAUGGCAGAUCGGAUAAGCUCCUCCGUCUCUGGGCUGUGGACCGUGUAAUCAGCCACGGAACUGAACAGUCUCCUUCGGGCUCUGGAGCAUGAGCGAAAGGAGAACCGGUUCCGGGGAACACUGGGAUACUACUACCCGGUUCCGAUGAUGCCGUGGUAUUCGAAACGGGCGUCAGACUUGGUGCCGCCGCCCACGUAUGCUGGACGCUCGUCGAGGAAGCUACGAUGCACCCGGCGUAAGAAGAGCAUUCUGGACCCGAGCGGCGUUGUGAGCCAGUGUUCCAGCUCAAGCUAAGAAGCUUGCGCGUUUUUCGGUGCUGAGACUCAAGCCUGGGCUUGGAUGCGUCCAUCAAAUCUUCGUGAGAGUCGAUCGGUUGACUCUUCCCAGCGCUCCUCAAAGAAUUACGUGUCCAUGUGUUGCGCGGUAGGAACUUUCAGUGCAGGUACAUUCCAAUUCGCGGUCCAAUCCGGAUUACAGGACUUGCCCGGGUCCGACGACUAUAUCCUCGCACUGUUGAGUCGGGGUCCAGGUCGACACCUUCAGAACUUGCGCGGCGAGCUGAUUCAAUGUGCC